GAAAAGUUGAAAACUUAUUAUUUUAUUUUAUUUUAAGCACCGCUAACGAACAAUUUUAAGCGGAGUUUAUUAAUUUUACCACAAUGCAACCUCAAAACGAGCUUACGCGAAAUGCUAUAUUCCGCGCUCGAAAGGCGGAGCUGGAUUACUUCCAGAGAGCCUUGGACACACAAUGGCUAAACAAUCGAAUGGCCGACGGCCGCAUGGGUCGUUGCCUGGCCCUCAUAGAGACUGAAGCUCGGAUGGAAAAGGAUUUUCAAGAGAGAACUGAUCAUGCCGCAAUUGUUAAUGCUCGAGCUAAAAAAGAAGCGGACCUUGCCAGUGAAGUUGCAAAAGUUCGUCACGAAGAAGCUACUGAACUGCUGCGUCGGCACUACCUGAGGGAGCGGGACCCUGAGCUGCGGGAGCUGACGAAGAAACUGCAAGCUGGCUAUGUGUGCCGGGACCUGCGGCAACAGAUACUGCAUAAUGAAUAUAGGAGGGUACAGGAAAAGGCUGAAGAAGACCGGGCAAACUCCACCCUCCUAGCCGCCCUUGGUGAUGACCAAGAAGCCAAAAAGAGGGCUCUGCAGAAGAUGCAGCAAACUACAGCAUACUGUCAGGAGCUGCAGCAGCAGUUGGUGAACAGGCAGAGGCAACGACAGUGCCAGUAUGAAGAUGCACUUAUUGAGCAGAAGAUGCUUGAUGAUGUUAUGAGGACCAUUUCUGAUGAAGACCAGAGGGAGCUGAAACAGAAGCGAGACCUUAUGGAGAAGACGCAACGUGAGAUGGUGACGUUUAAGAAAGCUCGCGACGCGUGGCGAGCCAAGCAGCGCGAGCUCGCUAUACUAGAAGAGGAAGCCAUCGAGAGACAACAACAGGCUGCUGCUGACCGCAGCGCUUCCAUCACCGCUGAAAGAGAACGCCGCGAGAGAAUCAAAGAGGCAAUAAAUGCAAAAAUAUGUGCUCAGAUCCUAGCAGACGAGGCGGAGCGUCAAGACCGCGACAACAUAAUCAGAGAGUUACAAGAGAACGAGGUGCUAGAGAAGCAGAUCCAGGGCGACAUAGCGGAGGGGCGCAAGCAGGAGUUCGUGAAGGCCAGCACCAUGACCGACCUCACGGCGCAGAUGGACCUCAAGAAGCGGGAGGCCGAGCUCGAGAGGCAGCGGCAGGUCGACUUCAGGAAGGAGUCGGAAGCCAAACUAGCGGCUCUGGACUCGAAAGAACACGAGAAACAACAAAUAAAGAAAGAGAAAGCGCGCCAGUACUCGAUAGACUUAAAACAGCAGAUAGCAGACAACGCGAAGAGGCGGGAGAGCGAGCGACGGCUCGAAGACGCGAGGGCAAAAGCCGUCUUCGAUUAUUAUAAGGAUUGGAAAGCGGAAGUAUCGAAGGAGCGCGAGAAGAUCGUCGCCGAGCACGUCCCACCCCUCCUCGGCUACAUCCAGGCCGGCGUGCUCGCGCGCGCCGACCUGCCCGCCGUGCGCGCCGGCGCCGCGCGCCGCCCGCGCCUCGCCGCGCUCGACGUCGACGCCAUGGCGGCCGCCAGCAACGUCCACCGACACCCCAAGUGUAACCCGCAGUGCAGGGUGCUGAGGGAGUAUUAACUAUCGACACUUUCCGUGAGUCGUUUAAUAUUAACUAUGACUAUUCUCCGUCCUAUUAAAACUACCUUUGAAAACUAUAGUUGAAGGUAGAUUCUUUAAAAAUGUGAUAAGUAGGUAUUUAUAAAAAUUUACCAAUAUUUAUGACUCGCUUUGUAUUAAAUUGACAAUUAUGUACAAAUCCAAGUUUUAUUCACUCUACUCUU